UGAUAUUACUUUGACAAAGCAACCACCAAGCCGACCUACUCCACUGCCUGACCACUUCAAUACAAGUCCACUACGACGUGAGGAGACAGCACUCUUUUCGAUCCCUUCCUGCCAAAUCCCUUCUCUUCCGGCACACGCAAACCCUUGCAGGCGAGCAGAGGCAGCAUGGGCCUUCAACACGAGCCUCACAAGGCCGCUUCCAACGGCCCCGUGGUGAGGACGGAGAGAGUGGUGCGGUACAAGGAGUGCAGGAAGAACCACGCCGCCAGCGUCGGAGGCUACGCCGUCGACGGCUGUCGGGAGUUCAUGGCGUCGGGAGAGGAGGGGACGAGCGACGCCCUCCGGUGCGCCGCGUGUGACUGCCACCGCAGCUUCCACAGGAGAGAGGUCGAGACCGUGGCUGCGGUCUGUGGAUGCUCCUCCGACGAGCACUCCACUCCCCGGAGAUGAUGGCGCUCCAGUCUACUCCUAAUACAGUAUGGAUCUUAUUCACGUCAUUUUGUUUGCGUUUGGGUUUGCAGAUGGGUGGCUUGACCAAGAAAUGCUGAAACUUAGUGCUUGAUGAUUUGCUCUUCUUUUUAGUGAGAUGAGUUGAUUGCCCGAAAGGAUUGAGAUGCGGUGCUAAUGUACCAUAUGCUUGUUUUCUGGAACAUAUUGUUGACAUAAAACUUGAUUAUAUGUUGUGUUUGUUUC